AUGAAGUUCUUCACCAACUUGGCUCUUGCGGCUUUGACGCUCGCCCAGACUGUUGUUAGCGAUGCUGUUCCAUGGGAGCGUAUCGACAAGAACAACUCUCUCCUCCUCAUUCUCGACCUGCAGGUCGGUCUGUACGGCGUCGCCCGCGACUGGGAUGCCACUCUGUACAAGCAAAACAUCCUCGCCCACGCCGAGAUCGGCAAGCUCUUCAACCUGCCCGUCAUCAUGAGCACGUCCGCGGAUACUGGUCCCAACGGUCCCCUGCCCAAGGAGAUGCUUGAGAUGCAUCCCAAUGCACCUCUUAUCCGCCGCCAGGGUGAGGUCAACGCCUGGGACAACCCGGAAUUCCAAGCCGCCAUCAAGGCCACGGGCAAGAAGCAAAUCAUCGUUGCCGGCAUCACCACCGACGUGUGCACUGCAUUCCUUGCGCUCUCCCUGCGCGCCGAGGGCUACUCCGUCUUUGCCAAUAUCGAGGCCUCGGGUACCUACUCUGAGCUCGUUCGCGACACUGCCAACUCGCGCAUGGAGAAGGCGGGCGUGCAGCUUGUGUCCAUGUUUGCCAUUGUCUGCGACCUGAUGCGUGAUUGGCGUGCUACUCCUGGUGCCAAGGAGGUUCUGCCUUUCUUGGACAGGUACCUCCCUGUCUACGGUAUGCUGGCUAGGCACCACGCUGCGGCUGUUGAGAACGGCACUAUUCAGCCUGGUGAGUUGGACACGAUUACUGGAUCCAACGGUACUAUUCUUCUCUAA